CUCGUAUUUUUAAACAAAGAAAAUUAUGUGGUAAUAUACUCAUAAACGAGUGCCUAAAUAAUACAAUUGAUCUAAAAUAUGCACUAGUUUAGUUAAAUUAUUUCCUCCUACGAGUCCGGGUGCGCUUUUUCACCUGUUCCUGGAUUGGGAAAAUAUGAGCGGUUACCCUAGCUGCCCGCCCCCUGCCGGCCCAGUUUGCCCUCAGAUCUGCCCACCACCUGACCCCGCGCCUCCAUGUAGAGUCAAGCCUAUAAUGCGGGGCCUUCACUGGAGUCAAACCACCAAAAUUCUCACCCAAGCUUUCGCUUUGGCUGCCCUAGGAGGCGCCUCGGUUUACGUCUUUGUCGCAAGACCCAGACGCGCCCGUUAUCAAGAAUUCCAUGCUAAAGCUGAGAUUGAGGACUGGGCUGAUGAAAUGGCCAGGAAAGGACUGUUCCAGUCCGUACCGCUUUCAUCGUUUACCGACGAUUCUGAUAAAAAGUCCAAAUAAUUAUGGUACUAGGUACUAUGUACUCCUACUUACCUAUUUCAAUAAAUUUAUUUUAGAAAUAUUUUCUUUUUGUUUUUGACAUAUAUUGUCUCAUGUAUUACUUACGAACUCCGAACUACU